GAGCCGGCGACUCCGCGGAGCAGCAGCCUUUUCCGCCGCCGCCGCCGGGCCCUCCGCGUCCCCUCCCCGUCCCGCCCCCCAGCCCAUGGAGCCCCAGUGCUUCCCCCACCCUUUCCCUCCCUCUCUCCCUCCCUCCCUCCCUCCUCCCACCCCCGCCGUUCUCCCUUCCGCGGCAGCCCCAGCCCUGCCGGACUGGCAGGAGGGCGGCGGUGGCACCACUAUGAGCUUUGAGGGCGGCCACAGCGGCAGCCGGCGCCGCGGGGCGGAGAGCCGGGACGCCGAGCCGCCCCCGUCGCCUCCCCCUCCGCCGCUGCCGCCGCCGCCGGGAGAGCCGACCUCGGUCCCCGCGACCCCGAGCUACCUGCCGCCGCCGCCCGCGUCCCCCGAGCGCCCCGCGGGGCCAGACGAGCUGCCGGUGGUCCCGCGGCGCAGGGGCGCGGACGAGCUGCCGCCGCCGCCCCUGCCGCCCCUGCCGCCCGCCGGCCAGGAGUUAUCGGCUGCUGGUGACUCCCGAGAAGGUCCCAGGCGCCUUCCGGAGGCGGCGGUCGCCGAGGCAGCGGCUGGGAAGGGCGGCCCCGGGGUGCCUGAGGCCGGCGCGGGCGGGGAGGGCGAGCGGCGGGGCGCCGGCGACCAGCCCGAGACGCGCUCGGUGUGCAGCAGCCGCAGUAGCAGCAGCAGCGGCGGCGACCAGCGCUCGGGGCACCAGCACCAGCACCACCAGCCCAUCUGCAAGAUCUGCUUCCAGGGCGCUGAGCAGGGGGAGCUGUUGAACCCCUGCCGAUGUGAUGGGUCAGUUCGGUAUACACAUCAACUCUGCCUGCUAAAGUGGAUCAGUGAGAGGGGUUCCUGGACCUGCGAACUCUGCUGUUACAGAUACCAUGUCAUAGCCAUUAAGAUGAAACAACCUUGCCAGUGGCAAAGCAUUUCUAUAACACUGGUUGAGAAAGUUCAGAUGAUUGCUGUAAUCCUAGGAUCCCUGUUCUUAAUAGCCAGUGUGACCUGGCUCCUCUGGUCGGCCUUCAGCCCCUAUGCAGUGUGGCAGAGGAAGGACGUCCUUUUUCAAAUCUGCUAUGGAAUGUAUGGUUUUAUGGAUCUAGUGUGCAUAGGUCUCAUUGUUCAUGAGGGAGCUUCAGUUUACAGAGUAUUUAAGCGCUGGCGAGCUGUUAACUUACACUGGGAUGUAUUAAAUUACGACAAAGCCACAGACAUCGAAGAAAGUAGCCGGGGACAGUCUUCCACAAGCAGGACUUUGUGGCUGCCGCUGACGGCGCUGCGGAACAGGAAUUUGGUCCACCCGACGCAAUUGACCUCCCCAAGGUUUCAGUGUGGCUAUGUGUUACUGCAUCUGUUCAAUAGGAUGCGGCCCCAUGAAGACCUGUCAGAAGAGAACAGCUCGGGGGAGGUUGUGAUGAGAGUGACUUCCGUGUGAGAGAAGUAGCUGACGGUGCAGCGCGGACCCUCCUGCCGAUUCUGGAAUGUAAUUGCAAUGAAUGGCAACACCCUAACACGUCGAAACACACACGUCUCUGAACUUUUUAAAAUUUAUGCUUUUUAUAUGAACACUUGAAUUGCAAAUACAUUUUUCUGAAAAAAAUAAAAGAGUCCUCUUGUUCUUUGCUUUCUGAUGUAUCACGUAUUUUAUAAGUUGGUACUUGAAAUCAUUAUACAUAUAAUUUAAUUCUACUUGGUGAAAAAAAUGAUGAAAGUUACCCUUAAGGCCAAAACUAUUUUUUCUUGCUUGUUUCAAAUAUAUUUUUAUCAAACUUU